AUGGCCAUUAUUAUUAUUAUUUUUUUGGUUGUUUGCAGGAGGAAAAACACGUUGCGAGUGACGAAACCACACUUCAUUGCAUGCGGCGUCCAGGGAGGUACGUAUUUUAGAUGGAGUGUGCAUAUGUGGAUGUCACGUGAGAAGGAACGGGGGAUGACUGAUCAGCCGUCACUCCUUUUCUGGAGAGUGUGCUCCUCUUUUUUUUCUGUUGCCCUUUUGUGUCGGGGCACGGCGGGAUUGGGCAGCACCAUCCCACGAAGGGCCCUGCACACAUACACACUCUUAUGCCACUGUCGCCCCCGGAGUGGGGUGCAAAUCCAAUUUUUGCUGCUUUUGCAUUGGCGCAAUUAUUUUUAUUUAUUAUUGGCUGACGCCACACUGUCCGGCGUGUCACUUUGA